UAUUUUUGAUGCAUCUUUCUUUCUCCCUCACACAUAAUCGACAAUACUUCAUUCCUCCCCGUCGUCGGCCUUCCUAACAUUCCGUUCGCCGGCGUCGGUGUUCAAUAAACCCUCCCCCGCUUUCAGCAAACCCUUUCUUCUCUUAAUAUCAAUUUCAAUAAACCCAAUCUCACGAACACUUCAUUGGUGGGGAACGCCAAUCAGAAUUAUGAAAUCACCAUCUCACUCUCUCCAUUAUCAUCCUCUCAUUCUCACUCCCCGAUGUAUCCCCAAAUUUCCCACUUACAAAACCCUAGUUUUCCUACGCCUUACCUUUAUCUUCAACCGAAGACACACCCGUGAUGAUAAUUCCCCCUCCAUCUCGGAUGAAUCCGACAGCCAUGAUUCUUCUCCUCGGCGACACUCUUCUGGGAGAAGUAAAGAACGAAGCUACAGUCCUGUUGAGGGCUUAAGCAGUGCCAAGGCUAAAGCAAAAAUCAAAAAGGUGAAGGAAGCAAAAUCCAUUUUCCACAGGACUUGGGGUGUGGUAUUGGGUAUACGUCCAGCUCUAAGAGCUGUGGCUUCCAUGAGCAGGGAAGAUUGGAGUAAGAAAAAUGUGCAACCAAUCUAA